GUUGAAUUUAGUUUCGUGGGUUGUAAUCGUAAAAUAAAUUAAAAAAGAAAAUUCGAUUUUGAUUAGCGCCUUAUGCGUAUUAUAGCGCGUUCGCCAAUCCAUUCUAGAUUUCUAUCAUACGCCUUAUCAUCUGUUGAAGUACAGAAGAUAAACCCCCCAUAAACCACCCAACUGAAAAAAUCCCAGAAAACCUCCCAACAACAACAACAAUGGCGAUUACCGGCGACAUGGCCACAUUUUCUCUCUCCAAAACCACCUCUCUUCUCUCUCCUUCACCUCAAAAUUCUCGAACCUUCUCUGUUUCUCUCACUCUCUCUCCUCCUCCCAUUUCUCCUCUUCGCGCCAAUUUUUUCCUUAAACCUUCCCUAAACCACCAUUUCCGACCUUAUGUUCUUCGUUCGCCGCCUUCCAACGGCGGAAUCGAAUUAUCCAGUGAAAACGAUGAAGGAAAUGAUGAUGACGACGAGGAGGAGGAGAUUUUGGAUUACGAAGGUUAUCAAAGCGAAGGAAGUGAUGAGGAUUUUAUCAUUGAUGAAGAAGAGCUUGAAGCUGAAGCUAGGGCUGUUGUUCGCGAAUUUUCGACGUCUUUAUCUCGUGAAUUGAGGAUUGAGGAAGAAGAGACUAAUCUUCCUAAAGAAACGGGAGGUCACCAGAAACAGCAGAGAAUUGAACCUAAAAAGAUUCCAGAUCACCUUCUUCCAAAGGUUGCAAUUUUCGGUAGGCCAAAUGUUGGCAAAUCAGCAUUGUUUAACCGUCUUGUGGGGGGUAAUAAAGCAAUUGUGGUAGACGAGCCUGGGGUUACUAGGGAUCGAUUAUAUGGAAGGUCUUUUUGGGGAGACCAUGAGUUCAUGGUCAUAGAUACCGGAGGAGUCGUCACACUAUCCAAAUCACAGGAAGAAGUUAUGGAGGACUUGAAUGUAUCCACAACUAUCGGUAUGGAGGGAAUCCCAUUGGCUGCUAGGGAGGCCGCUGUGGCUAGAAUGCCUUCUCAAAUUGAGAGACAAGCAGCUAUAGCCGUUGAAGAGUCACCAGUCAUUAUAUUUGUCGUUGAUGGUCAGGCCGGCCUUACUGCAGGUGAUGUGGAAAUAGCUGAUUGGUUACGUAAAAAUUAUUCUGAGAAGAAUAUUAUACUUGCUGUUAACAAAUGUGAAUCUCCUAGGAAAGGGCUACUGCAGGUAUCAGAGUUUUGGUCUUUAGGGUUAUCACCUAUUCCUAUUUCUGCUAUCUCUGGAAGUGGAACCGGAGAACUUCUUGAUCUUGUUUGUUCUGGGCUGGCAAAAGUUGAGGAGCCUGUUGAUCUUGAAGAAGAAAAUUACAUCCCGGCUAUCGCAAUUGUCGGCAGACCAAAUGUUGGAAAAAGCAGCAUAUUGAAUGCAUUGGUUGGAGAGGACAGGACUGUUGUGAGCGCAGUUAGUGGUACUACCCGUGAUGCUAUUGAUACUGAAUUUGUGGCACCAGAUGGCCAGAAGUUCCGGCUUAUUGAUACUGCUGGAAUUCGAAGAAAAUCAGCAGUGGCAUCUUCAGGGAGCAUUACUGAGGGUUUAUCUGUCAAUCGAGCCUUUCGUGCUAUUCGUCGCUCUGAUGUUGUUGCUCUCGUGAUUGAGGCUAUGGCCUGUAUAACAGAACAGGAUUACAAGAUUGCAGAACGAAUUGAAAUGGAAGGGAAAGGCUGUCUAAUCGUUGUGAAUAAAUGGGAUACGAUACCAAAUAAGAACCAGGAGACAGCAGUGAUUUAUGAGCAAGAUGUUAGACAGAAGGUUCGCAGUCUUCACUGGGCACCUAUUGUUUAUGCAGCUGCAAUAACUGGUCAAAGUGUUGACAAGAUCAUUGUUGCCGCCAGCAUUGUAGAGAAAGAGAGAUCAAGAAGGUUAAGUACAGCCACGUUGAAUCAGGUUGCACGAGAGGCCGUGGCUUUCAAAGCUCCACCAAGGACUCGAGCAGGAAAGAGGGGACGUGUUUAUUAUUGUACACAGGCUGCUAUCCGCCCUCCUACGUUUGUUUUCUUUGUCAAUGAUGCAAAGCUCUUCUCUGAGACUUAUCGUCGUUACAUGGAGAAGCAAUUGCGUUCUGAUGCUGGAUUUGCCGGUACACCAAUCCGUCUUUUAUGGCGUGGCAGAAGGAAAACCAGCAAAGAUGCAGGAAGUUCAGUAACAAAGACACGAGUAAAUCCCCCGAAAAAUAAAAAUCAAAGAAAAGAAGCAGUUAACCGUAUAGUACUUUCUCAGUAGACGAAGCUGCAGGAAACAACAAUCUGCAUCACCGGUAAGAGCUGUACUGGAGAACUUUUGCUUGGUGGUCCAGUUGAAUAUCCAAGAGACAAGUGACAAGUAUUUGUAAACCCGAACCCGAAAGUGACCCGUAUUAACCCGAAAACAAUUUUCUCACAACCCGACCUGACCGACCCGUAUGACAGGGGUACUAUUAACGAUGGUGCAGCUAUUACAAUCUACAUUGCUGGUUUUGUGUAUAGCUUAUGUUUGUAUAGCAAAACUGACAGUAUCUGGUUACACUUUAUAAUUGUACAACUACCUUAAGGUAGCAUUUGAUUGAGUCACACGUAUACGUCGUAAUAUAAUAACUGUUCUAAUUUGCUUUUUCUGUA